CUGCAGCUGGGACUGUGACCUUGAGGACGUGGGGUCAGGAUGGCUCUGGGCAGACACCUCUCCCUGCGGGGACUCUGUGUCCUCCUCCUCGGCACCGUGGUGGGUGGUCAAGUUCUGGAGCUGAGGCUGAAGGAUGGAGCCCACCGCUGUGAGGGGAGAGUGGAAGCGAAGUACAAAGGAGAAUGGGGCACUGUGUAUACUGAGACCUGGCUCAUAAAUGGUGUAGAAGACGUGUGCAGACGACUGGAAUGUGGAGUUGCCAUUGAUGCUCCCAGAGGGUCUUAUUUUGGACCAAGACUUGGCCCCAUUUGGUUUUUAUAUGGUUCUUGUGAGAGUAUAGAUGCUGAAUCAACUUUGAGUAUCUAUAAGUGUGUUCAUAUUGAUUUUAAAAACUAUAAUGACACCUUCUCUCAUGACCAGGAUAUUGGAGCAGUCUGCUCAGGAUCUGUGCGUCUGUUUGGAGGGGAUAGACCCUGCUCAGGGCGUGUAGAAGUACAUUCUGGAAAAGCCUGGAUCCCACUAUCUGAUGGGAAUUUCACACUCCCCACUGCCCAGGUCAUCUGUGCAGAGCUGGGAUGCGGCAAGGUUGCAUCUGUCCUGAAACACAUGCCCUUCAGAGAGUCUGAUGGCCAGGUCUGGGCUGAGGAGUUCAGGUGUGAGGGGGAGGAGCCUGAGCUCCGGGUCUGCCCCAGAGUGCCCUGUCCAGGGGGCACGUGUCACCACAGUGGAGCUGCUCAGGUUGCCUGUUCAGCAUACUCAGAAAUCCGGCUCAUGACAAACGGCUCCUCUCAGUGUGAGGGGCAGGUGGAGAUGAACAUUUCUGGACGAUGGAGAGUGCUCUGUGCCUCCCACUGGAGUCUGGCCAAUGCCAAUGUUGUCUGUCGUCAGCUUGGCUGUGGAGUUGCCAUCUCCACCCCCAGAGGACCACACUUGGUGGGCAGAGAUGACCAGAUCUCAACAGUCCGAUUUCACUGUUUGGGGGCUGAGUCUUUCCUGUGGAGUUGCCCUGUGACUUCCCUGGGUGGUUCUGACUGUUCUCAUGGCAACACGGCUUCUGUGAUCUGCUCAGGAAACCAGACCCAGGUGCUGCCCCAGUGCAGCGACUCCCUUUCUGAACCAACAGGCUCUGCAGCCUCAGAGGACAGCGCCCCCUACUGCUCAGACAGCAGACAGCUCCGCCUGGUAGACGGGGGCGGUCCCUGCGCCGGAAGAGUGGAGAUCCUUGACCAGGGCUCCUGGGGCACCAUCUGUGAUGACGGCUGGGAUCUGGACGAUGCCCACGUGGUGUGCAGGCAGCUGGGCUGUGGACAAGCCCUCAAUGCCACGACGUCUGCUCACUUUGGGGCAGGAUCAGGACCCAUCUGGCUGGACGACCUGAACUGCACAGGAAAGGAGUCUCACGUGUGGAAGUGCCCUUCCCGUGGCUGGGGGCGGCACGACUGCAGACACAAGCAGGACGCGGGGGUCAUCUGCUCAGAGUUCCUGGCCCUCAGGAUGGUGAGUGAGGACCAGCAGUGUGCUGGGUGGCUGGAAGUUUUCUACAAUGGGACCUGGGGCAGUGUCUGCCGCAGCCCCAUGGAAGACAUCACUGUGUCCGUGAUCUGCAGACAGCUUGGCUGUGGGGAGAGUGGAACCCUCAACACUAUUGUUGGUCUCAGAGAAGGUUCUAGACCCCAGUGGUUAGAUGGAAUUCGGUGUCGGAACACUGAUACCUCUCUCUGGCAGUGUCCUUCUGACCCUUGGAAUUACACUUCCUGCUCGUCCAAGGAGGAAGCCUAUAUCUCGUGUGAAGACAGCAGACAGCUCCGCCUGGUGGACGGAAGAGGUCCCUGCGCCGGGAGAGUAGAGAUCCUUGACCAGGGCUCCUGGGGCACCAUCUGUGAUAACGGCUGGGACUUGGACGAUGCCCGCGUGGUGUGCAGGCAGCUGGGCUGUGGAGAUGCCCUCAAUGCCAUGGGGUCUGCUCAUUUUGGGGCAGGAUCAGGGCGCAUCUUGCUGAACACAUUGGACUGCAGAGGAAAGGAAUCCCACGUGUGGAAGUGCCCUUCCCAGGGCUGGGGAGUGCACAACUGCAGUCAUGAGAACGAUGCAGGAGUCGUCUGCUCAGGAUUUGUGCGUCUGGUUGGAGACGAUGGACCCUGCUCAGGACAAGUAGAAGUACGUCUUGGAGAAGACUGGACCCCAGUGUCUGAUGGAAACUUCACACUCCCCACUGCCCAGGUCAUCUGUGCAGAGCUGGGGUGUGGCGAGGCUGUGUCUGUUCUGGGACACGAGCUCUUCAGAGAGUCUGAUGACCAGGUCUGGGCUGAAGAGUUCAGGUGUGAGGGGGAGGAACGUAAGCUCUGGUGGUGCCCCAGAGUACCCUGUCCAGGGGGCACUUGUCACCACAGUGGAGCUGCUCAGGUUGUUUGUUCAGCAUACUCAGAAGUCCGACUCAUGACAAAUGGCUCCUCUCAAUGUGAGGGGCAGGUGGAGAUGAAGAUUUCUGGACAAUGGAGAGCGCUCUGUGCCUCCCACUGGAGUCUGGCCAAUGCCAAUGUUGUCUGUCGUCAGCUCGGCUGUGGAAUCGCCAUCUCCACCCCCAGAGGACCACACAUAGUGGAGAGAGGUGACCAGAUCUCCACAGUCCGAUUUCACUGCUCAGGGUCAGAGUCCUUCCUGUGGAGUUGCCCUGUGACUGCCUUGGGUGGUCCUGACUGUUCCCAUGGCAACACGGCCUCUAAACCAGACCCAGGUGCUACCCCAGUGCAGCGACUCCCUCUCUGAACCAACAGGCUCUGCAGCCUCAGAGAACAGCGCCCCCUACUGCUCAGACAGCAGACAGCUCCACCUGGUAGACGGGGGCGGUCACUGUGCCGGGAGAGUGGAGAUCCUUGACCAGGGCUCCUGGGGCACCAUCUGUGAUGAUGGCUGGGACCUGGAUGAUGCUCACGUGGUGUGCAGGCAGCUGGGCUGUGGAGAAGCCCUCAAUGCCACGAGGUCUGCUCACUUCGGAGCAGGAUCAGGACCCAUCUGGCUGGAUGACCUGAACUGCAGAGGAAAGGAGUCCCAUGUGUGGAGGUGCCCUUCCCGGGGCUGGGGGCAGCACGACUGCAGACACAAGCAGGAUGCGGGGGUCAUCUGCUCAGAGUUCCUGGCCCUCAGGAUGGUGAGCGAGGACCAGCAGUGUGCUGGGUGGCUGGAAGUUUUCUACAAUGGGACCUGGGGCAGUGUCUGCCGCAGCCCCAUGGAAGACAUCACUGUGUCCGUGAUCUGCAGACAGCUUGGCUGUGGGGAGAGUGGAACCCUCAACUCUUCUGUUGGUCUCAGGGAAGGUUCUAGACCCCAGUGGGUGGAUGGAAUCCGGUGUCAGAAAACUGACACCUCUCUCUGGCAGUGUCCUUCUGACCCUUGGAAUUACACUUCCUGCUCUCCCAAGGAGGAAGCCUAUAUCUCAUGUGCAGACAGCAGACAGCUCCGCCUGGUGGACGGAAGAGGUCCCUGCGCCGGGAGAGUGGAGAUCCUUGACCAGGGUUCCUGGGGCACCAUCUGUGAUAACGGCUGGGACUUGGACGAUGCCCGCGUGGUGUGCAGGCAGCUGGGCUGUGGAGAUGCCCUCAAUGCCAUGGGGUCUGCUCAUUUUGGGGCAGGAUCAGGGCGCAUCUUGCUGAACACAUUGGACUGCAGAGGAAAGGAAUCCCACGUGUGGAAGUGCCCUUCCCAGGGCUGGGGAGUGCACAACUGCAGUCAUGAGAACGAUGCAGGAGUCGUCUGCUCAGGAUUUGUGCGUCUGGUUGGAGACGACGGACCCUGCUCAGGACGAGUAGAAGUACGUCCUGGAGAAGACUGGACCCCAGUGUCUGAUGGAAACUUCACACUCCCCACUGCCCAGGUCAUCUGUGCAGAGCUGGGGUGCGGCGAGGCUGUGUCUGUUCUGGGACACGAGCUCUUCAGAGAGUCUGAUGGCCAGGUCUGGGCUGAAGAGUUCAGGUGUGAGGGGGAGGAACGUAAGCUCUGGUGGUGCCCCAGAGUGCCUUGUCCAGGGGGCACUUGUCACCACAGUGGAGCUGCUCAUGUUGUUUGUUCAGCAUACUCAAAAGUCCGACUCAUGACAAAUGGCUCCUCUCAAUGUGAGGGGCAGGUGGAGAUGAAGAUUUCUGGACGAUGGAGAGCGCUCUGUGCCUCCCACUGGAGUCUGGCCAAUGCCAAUGUUGUCUGUCGUCAGCUCGGCUGUGGAAUCGCCAUCUCCACUCCCAGAGGACCACACUUGGUGGAGAGAGGUGACCAGAUCUCCACAGUCCGAUUUCACUGCUCGGGGGCAGAGUCCUUCCUGUGGAGUUGCCCUGUGACUGCCUUGGGUGGUUCUGACUGUUCCCAUGGCAACACGGCCUCUGUGACCUGCUCAGGAAACCAGACCUGGGUGCUGCCCCAGUGCAACGACUCCGUGUCUGAACCAGCAGGCUCUGCGGCCUCAGAGGAGAGCGCCCCCUACUGCUUAGACAGCAGGCAGCUCCGCCUGGUGGACGGGGGUGGUCCCUGCGCUGGGAGAGUGGAGAUCCUUGACCAGGGCUCCUGGGGCACCAUCUGUGAUGACGGCUGGGACCUGGACGAUGCCCACGUGGUGUGCAGGCAGCUGGGCUGUGGAGAAGCCCUCAAUGUCACGGGGUCUGCUCACUUCGGGGCAGGAUCAGGGCCCAUCUGGCUGGACGACCUGAACUGCACAGGAAAGGAGUCCCACGUGUGGAGGUGCCCUUCCCGGGGCUGGGGGCGGCACGACUGUAGACACAAGGAGGACGCCGGGGUCAUCUGCUCAGAGUUCCUGGCCCUCAGGAUGGUCAGUGGGGACCAGGAGUGUGCUGGGUGGCUGGAAGUUUUCUACAAUGGGACUUGGGGUAGUGUCUGCCGCAGCCCCAUGGAUGAUGUCACCGUGUCCAUCAUCUGCAGUCAGCUUGGCUGUGGGGACAGCGGAAGUCUCAACACCUCUGUUGGUCUCAGGGAAGGUUCUAGACCCCACUGGGUAGAUGGAAUCCAGUGCCAGAGAACUGACCCCUCUCUCUGGCAGUGUCCUUCUGACCCUUGGAAUUACAACUCAUGCUCUCCAAAGGAGGAAGCCUACAUCUCGUGUGCAGUAAGAAGACCCAAGAGCUGUCCAACUGCUGCCCCCUGCACAGACAGAGAGAAGCUCCGGCUCAGAGGAGGAGAGAGCGAGUGCUCAGGGCGGGUGGAGGUCUGGCACAGCGGCUCCUGGGGCACUGUGUGUGAUGACUCCUGGAGCCUGGCAGAGGCCGAGGUGGUGUGUCAGCAGCUGGGCUGUGGCCAGGCCCUGGAAGCCACGCGGGCCGCGACAUUCGGCCCUGGAAAUGGGAGCAUUUGGCUGGACGAUGUGCAGUGUGGGGGCCGGGAGUCCUCCCUGUGGGACUGUGCUGCGGAGCCCUGGGGGCAGAGCGACUGCAAGCACGAGGAGGAUGCUGGUGUGAGGUGCUCUGGUGUAAGGACAACAUUGCCCACGACUACAGCAGGGACCAGAACAACCUCAAAUCCUCUCCCUGGCAUCUUCUCCCUGCCUGGGAUCCUCUGCAUCAUCCUGGGGGCCCUUCUCUUCCUGGUCCUCAUCAUCUUGGUGACUCAGCUACUCAGAAGGAGAGCAGAGCGCAGAGCCUUAUCUAGCUAUGGAGAUGCUCUUGCUGAAGCUGUGUAUGAGGAGCUCGAUUACCUUCUGACCCAGAAGGAAGGUCUGGGCAGCCCAGAUCAGAGGACUGAUGUCCCUGCUGAAAAUUACGAUGAUGCUGAAGAAGUACCAGUGCCUGGAACUCCUUCUCCCUCUCAGGGGAGCGAGGAGGAAGUGCCCCCAGAGAAGGAGGAUGGGGUGAGGUCCUUUCAGACAGGCUCUUGUCUGAACUUCUCCAGAGAGGCAGCUGAUCCUGGGGAAGGAGAAGAGAGCUUCUGGCUGCUCCAGGGGAAGAAAGAGGAUGCUGGGUACGAUGAUGUUGAACUCAGUGCCCUGGGAACAUCCCCAGUGACUUUCUCGUGAUGCUGUAUUUAAUAUGAGAUCAAGCCUCAGAUAUUCUAAUUGCCUGUAUUUCAAUAGAGUAGUGCUGACCUGGAAUUGUGGAAUAUGAAAAUUGCCCAAAAUGAAAUAUUCUGAAUAAAUUAACUUUUUGCUGUGCUGUUAAUUUAGCAAGCUCCAUGUCAAAUGCUUUUAGAGGAUUGGUCCUCAAAUGCCAUCUUUCUCAAAGGAAAUGCAAGAUUAGUUGGCUGACCUGUUUUCUCACUUGUCUUAGAGGCUAAUGUGGGCAUUCUCACAAGUGCUCCAGGUCACUCUUAUUUCGAAAAGGAUGUAAACUUGGCCUACAUUCUCUCACUCCUUCCUAACAAGAUGAACUCAUGGAAAAACAAAACAAAAUAAAACAGUUCUAAACA